CUCUGACGUCAUCGGGCAGCACCCUGGGACGGACGCGUCUGUUCUGAUCUUUCACGUUUUACCUGUAAACUACCGACCCGUGCGCGUGUCCGCCGCGCGUAACCGCUCCGUGAACAUGGUGUGCGGCGGCUUCAGCUGUUCCAAGAACGCGCUGUGCUCCCUCAACGUGGUUUAUAUGCUGGUGGGGCUGCUGCUGAUCGGAGUGGCAGCAUGGGGGAAAGGCUUCGGCCUGGUGUCCAGCAUCCACAUCAUCGGGGGGGUCAUCGCGGUGGGUUUCUUCCUGCUGCUCAUCGCCAUCGUCGGACUCAUCGGAGCGAUUCACCACCACCAAGUGAUGCUGUUCUUCUACAUGGUGGUUCUCUUCAUCGUGUUCCUCUUCCAGUUCGGAGUUUCCUGUUCCUGUCUGGCGGUGAACCGCGGGCAGCAGGAGGGUCUUCUGAACUCUACGUGGGGAAUGUUGAACAACAAGACCAAGACGGACCUGGAGAGUCAACUGAACUGCUGUGGGCUGCUGAACGGGACCAGCAGCCGGACCCAGUUUGAGCUGGACGUGCAGAACUGCCCGGCUUUUUGCAAAAAGGAUCAUUCCUGUCACUCCUGUGGGGAUAUGAUGCUGAAUCAUGCAACCGAGGCUCUGAAGAUCCUCGGGGGCGUCGGGCUCUUCUUCAGCUUCACAGAGAUCCUCGGCGUGUGGCUCGCCGUGCGCUACAGGAACCAGAAGGACCCACGAGCCAACCCCAGUGCUUUCCUAUAGUCCGGCCCUCGCCCGCAGUGUAGUGCCAUAGAUGCAGUUUUCAGACACACUGGCACACACACACACACACACACACACACACACACACACACACAGAGUAGUGCACAUCUAGAGGCAGACACUCAGGCAUAUGAUACAAGUUCACACCAACCACGACAACACACAACGAACGAGUGCACGCAGCACCAGACACACACCGAGGAACACAACACUCUCACCUGAGAUCCAGAAACCACCACAACCCGUCACUCUGUUUUCUUUCUGCCGGAGCCGAGGCUGCGGCCCGCUGGAUUCUUGUGUAUGAAAGGACGACUUGUUUCCCCAGGUCCUCGUUGUGGGUCUCACGACGGUCAGCCUUGACUCGAGUUCCAGAUCCCCGGCUCGGUUUCCUAACGCGUGAGAAGCGCUGCGAUAGCUCUGCAUGUGUCGUGCGCCUGCAGCAGAGAGUGAGUGGCUGUGCAUCAUCCAACAGAUCCACUCGUAUGCACCUUGACUCCUUCCUCUAGCGUAGUGCCACCACCUAACAACACCCAUCCCUCCGGUCAGUGACGUGUGAAUCUGUAAAAUGUUCAGUGGGAUGAGUCAUUUGAAUGAAAGACGACAAACUGGAUGUGCGGUGUAGAGUAGUUGUUUUUUUUUGUGUGUUUAUUAUUUUUUUUGCCCGAUGCCACAAAUGCCGAUCAAACAGGUUUAGUGCGUAAGAAUAGAUUUUAGGUGACGUAGUGGCUUGUCAUUCUGGUUCUCGUAUUUAUGAACUGUAACUGAGCCAAACUAACUUUUAACAGUCAGAGACGUUAGGAAGCCGCCGGACUGCAGACGUGUUGUUGUACAUACUCUUUAAAUACUGUAGUUCUCAAUGGUCCUCUUCCUCCUCCUCUUCCUCCUCCUCCGCCCCUCUAGUGAUGAGGUUUGCCUGCAUAGUUGACGAUAUCUCACCCUCCCUGUAUUUAAUACGUUCCUUUGUGUCGCACAUUGAUGUUGCUUAGAUUAGAUUCUGCUGGUUUAAACAAAGUGGAUUCAGGUACGCGUGGUUUCCUCCUGUGUAACUGGAAGAAAUCUCAAACAUGUAAAAACAAAUGAAAAGAGUAUGUGCUGUUUGAUUUGAAGUAUUUGGGUGAAUUUGGCCAAAUCUGCUUUGAAAACCCAGUUUUGUUUUUAUGGUGUUAAUUGUGAAAAUGCUUCUUCUUUUUUUCAAUAUUUGAAACGAUUCUACUUUGGUGGAUUUAUUUCCGCCGGCGUGAUUAGCGUGUUCUCCAUCGGCUCCUUUGCUCAUCAGUGUUAAAUGCUUUGUAAAGACGUGUUCGAGAUCUAUUUAAAUUAAGUUUGAUGACGCACAUUAGGUUGAAGUUGUGUUGCGGUUUGGAUGAAAUCAUUUUUAAUGCCUCGCUUGAUGUUUGACUUCUCGUGUUGAUGAAUCACUGCUCAUUCAUUCUCUGCGUGAUGUUUGUUUUUUCUCUUUUUGAAUCUGCUUUUAACUUAAAGGACUAACACAGACUGUAAUCACAUGUCUUACUUGAACCUGUCGACUUCGCUGAAAUGGAUUUUUCCUGCUGCUGCUGGUUUGGAUUCGUCGUUGGUGUAAACGAGCAUUUUGACAGAUCUUAAACAUUGAGCGUUAUAUUUCACCUCACUAUGAAUUUGUGUGCACUUGUUAUUCAAACUUAUCCCUGGAUUUUUUGAGACUUCAUUUUCCAAAUAAUAAAACCUCAAAUUGGGAACCGUU